AUGCCCCAAAAAUGGUUCUUUAUAGUUGCACCAUCAAUGAUCCCAAUUAGUCCAAGAAAGUUUCAUAUCCGUAUCAAUGGAGGGUUGCUCUUAUUACUUGGCAAUGGUACUGGUUCAGCUCAUAUAUGGUGGAUCAAACAUCCUCAUAAAAUUCUCCCUUGCAGAAGGACUCAAUCCAAUUGUCUUCGUCGUUUACCGCGGCAUGUUAUGGCCAUGGUUUUGGUAGGACCAUUUGCUUAUGUACUUGAAAGGAAACAAAGGCCUUCACUCUCAUUUUCUGUAGCUGCCAAAAUUUUUGUGCUUGCCUUGUUUGGAACCACCAUCUAUCUGAAUGUGUACUAUGCUGGUUUAGCAUACACUUCUCCAACAGUUGCAUGUGCCUUGAGUAAUGUUAUUCCCAGCUUGACAUUUCUAAUGGCAGUUCUACUUGGGUUGGAGAAGUUGAAGAUUAGAACUGCUAGAGGUCAAGCUAAGGUGGCUGGCACACUUUUCUGCAUUGGUGGUUCUCUUGUUUUCACUUUCUGGAAAGGAGGAUACCUAUUUAAAGGCUGUGGUCUCCAAAGUCUACACUGCUCGAUUAUCGCUAACCACGAUGAUAUGCUUUUUCGCGUCGUUGCAAUCUUCUUUUCUUGA